AUGGCCCCCAACCUCUUCCUCUGUCUACGCACCCUCUGCUGUCCACUCUACUGGUUUCAGCACGGUGAGCGUAUCAACAGCGACGUCAACCGCGAACAACACUGGGAGAGUCCUGUCCCAGGUACCUACCGGUUUUUCCCGGGCCAAGGCUGGCACCUUAUCCGUCGUGACGGCCGCGAUGAAGACGAAAAGGUCCCCGCGGCUCUGGUCUACUGUCGCGUUCUGCACCGCUACAUGUUCGAGUCCGAACUCGAAGAGCGCUCGCGCUAUUUCAUCGCACCCUUAAAUAAAGGCGGUCGUCCGGAGAAGCUGCGCUUCUUCCUUCUUGAUGACGGUGUCCACUGGGUUGCUGGAUGGGAUGAUAAGGGUCGUUUCAUCCCUGGACCUUACCCUAAGUGGUGGCUUGAUGAGGAUGGUGAGACGAUGCGUCGCGGUGUUUCGCCGCCGACCAGUGCCAAUGUUUCUCGCUGCAGUAGUAUUAUUGUGGCCAAGGUGGAAUAA